GAAGAAGCCGUUCAGCUAACCAAACAAACGCGGGUCAGCGGUUAGUAGAAGCAUCGCGAAAUACCCUACGGAAAGAGUGGGGCAAGUUCUUCCUGUAUUUAUGUUCCUUCUCUAAACAAUUCUCUCUCCUCUCUGGAAAUGCAGUCGGCAGUCAAACACAGUCUCCACUCUGAGAGUGAAGCAGCCAUCAAUAAGCUAAUCAACAUCAAGCUAACUGCAUCCUACACCCACGUCUCUCUGGGCAUGUAUUCCGACAGGCAUGACGUGGCUUUACCCAACUUCUCUCGCUUUUUUCUGGAGCUGUCAGAGAAGGAGAGGGAGCAAGCGGAGAGUCUGCUGGAGUAUCAAAACUUGAGGGGUGGAAGAGUCCUUCUUCAGAACAUCGCAAAACCAAGCCGUGAGGAUUGGAAAGGCGGUCUGGACGCGUUUUCUUUCUCUUUAGAAUACCAAAAAUCUCUCAACAACUCUCUGCAGGAUGUUCACCACAUAGCAAGUACACACACCGACCCCCAUCUGUGUGACUUCUUGUAGAGCCACUUCCUGCUGGACAGCCAUGAGACCAUUAAGAAACU